AUGGGUGCCUUAAGCAUUGGUUAUGCCCAGCACAGACUUGGGGAGGGUCUUGCCUGUGGCUCUUCUUCCUCCCUCAGCAACCAGCUCUCCCUUCCACCUGAGGAAAGGGAAGGGAGGGACAGGGACUUUUUUUUACACAAGAGAAAAAAAAAAAAAAAGCUGUCUUUUCUUCUCUGGUGGUGGUUUGAUAGGAUUUUUUUGGUCUCUUUGGAAGCACUGGGACUGAAGUUCUUAUCUUCCCGUACACAGAUAACACACAUGGACUCACACAUACACACACAAACACACAUACUUGGGAUCACUGGCUGUCCUGGGCCCAGCCACCCGGGGUUUAACUUCUGCUGGAGUCCUGAGAUUCCAUUCCUCCCCAGCAGGCCUGACCAGAAUCUGGCUUCAUAG